CCAUAUAAUGUUACAAUUUUGUUUAUAUGAAAAAAAUGGUGUCAGAGAACCUCCAAAAAGGAUCCUGGCCUCUUAAGAGAUGCUUUUUCUGUUGGAAGUGUUUCUUUGGCACUGGAAGUUGAAGUGGUCAUUUCUUUCCUGGGCUUUGUCUCAGCUGAAGGCAGACAGUUGAUGAUGUUACAAGGAACAUGGUUGUGGGUGUGAGCUAGACUUGCCUUCUUGGAAAAACAUUGGAUCUCAGUCCUGACAACUAUUUAAUCAGUUGCACACAAGAUUAAAACUUUGACAGGUAACCUGACUAGAAGCUGAGCUUAUACAUUUUUUUUUCCUAACAAGAAGCAUCUCAGUGGAUCUCUUUGGUGCUGAACAAAACCAACACUAUUCGUCAUUGUCUUGCUGCAAUGUUCUCUGUCUUCAUAAGAGUCAAUAGAAUGGGCAGUGAAAUUUAAUACCAUGCUUGUGUUGUUUGUAUAUACGUGAAAACAUUUUUCAGGUGUUGGCUUUGACCGGAGAUUUCAAUGCUAAGGUAUAAACAAACAACUGAACCUAGAUAUUAUUAAUAAUGGAAUAUGUAGGUCUAACCUGGGCAAUUUUAAUACUGAGGGAAUAGUCCUAUCACUGGGUACUACUUGCUAUUGUAGAAACGUGGAAUAAUUCUACCAGCAGUUGUUAAAGGAUUGUUUAUCCAUUCAGUAAUGCUAAGGAAGUCUGGCUUUACUCAGUCUUAGAAAAAAAGCUGUGUUUAUUGGUAUUAAUGUUUUAUGUUAGGCUCAUAAAUGCUUCCUAAAUGCUUGUUAAUCCUUAGUUUAGAUGAUGAGAGAAUGGUUUCCAUAAUUAGCUAACAGUAGGCAAAUGGUAGCCAGUAGCUGAUGCUAUUCUGACUUAAUAUCCUUUAAAACAAAAUCCUGUCGCUCAUAUAAGCAGAGAGAAGGGUCCUUUCUAUACAUGGUAGUACCUAAAAUGUACUAUGCUGAGGUGAUUUUCUUGUACAAAGGUGUACCCCAUGUAGUGCAUCUCAGUAGUAAUGACUGACUCAGCAUCUUGUAAAUGCUGACUGACUUCUGUCUUCAUGUCCCUUAUCCAAAAUUCUUUUCUAUAUUUUUCAUAUGAGCUGUUUAUCAUGAGAAACCUGUGUCACGCUGAGUGCCUGGGGCUUGUAAAAAUUGGACAACUACUUGUCUGGUGAAUAUAAUUGCUUCCAAAAAUGUCUUAAUGUCAGACCUCAUUGGAACUUUUGUUCAUAACCAAAUGCGUUUUUUAAUAUCUACUCAAAACACUUGAGUAUUUCUCUCCCGUUUGCUUAGUGGUGACAGAAUGGGCAGUUUUCAGUGUUUAAAGCUGAACUAAGAGAAAGUGAAGUAGAGUUUGCUGCUAGCCUUAAAAGAGUUUUGUUCCAUGUUCUGCUUUCCCAUAUGUUUUCCAGUGUUACCUUAGACAAACAGGCUAAUGUGUGAUUUAGUUUUUUCAAUAAUAGUAACAACACAGAAGUUCUACUUCCCUACCAGUGAUGGCUUUGCUCUUGCAUAUUUGAUUACUGUUGCUUUCAUUGGUAGUACUAAUUACAUGACCUGUGCAAAAGUACAAAGACAAGAUAAGUAAUUUUUAUUGCUGCAUUUUUUGCGCAUGUGUAAUUAGUACUGGGACCAAAGGUCCUUAAAACGAGAACAUUAGACUUACUGACUGGCUAGAACCCACAUCAUCUUGCUUCAAAAGCCUUGCUAGAUUCUCCUUUUUUGUAGUUUAGGUCCUUUACAUAAAGCCUAAGUAUAACCCUGAAUCUAUUACAGAGGAAUGAAGUCAGCCGAGGGAAAGUCAUUGAAAUCUCUGACAAAAUCAUGAUGUAUUCCUUGGCAUGUUCAUAAUCAUCUGGAGGAGACUACAUUUGUCCCAGUGGGAGCUCUUCAAGUAGUAGGAAAGCAAAACAAUUCUACUGGCUUUUCAUGGAUGUGGUGGGAGAAAAUGAGGCCUUGCAGCAGUUCUUUGAAGGGCAAGAUGUCCAUAGAGCCUUGGAAAAUCCCAUGGUGGAUACAAGCCUGUUGGAAGAAUUCAUUAGUAGUGAUAUAGAGUUUGGAACUUUGCAAAGCCAGUUGCCAGACUCCCCACCCGACUCUGGCUCAGAACCAUGUUCCCCACCACAGCUACAAACCCCAUGGUGUGAUGCUGUGUGGCCCAGUGGGCUGCAGCCUCCGCUCCCAUGCCCACCUGUCGGGGCACCCAGCAAGCUUCCCUGCGGGUUCAUGGAGCCUUACCCUGACCCCAGUGCCACGGGCUAUCCUUGCACCAUCUCCCAAGGCUGCUGCCUGAAGACAGAAAAUGCUGUGACUCCAUGGAAUCAUUCUACAUCCUCCAGCUGUUUGGGUUUUAAUUAUUCAUACUUCCAGCCUAAUGCAUCUCAGAUUUCUGGUAUUUCUGCAGCAUCAAGCAAAAAAAGGAAGCUCUCCCAACUACUAGGAGAUGGGAUUGAUUCUCCAGUGCAGUCUCAGGAUUCCAGACAAGCAACUGUAAAGGACUGUGCUGCUGAAGUGCAAGAAUAUGACAGUGAUGGACAGAAUGCAGCUUUGGAAAAAUGCUGUCAAGCUCUUACAUGGCAACCAUAUCAAACUUCUCAGUGGAACAGCUUAUUUGACUCUAAUUUUGAAAAACUACCUGCUGUAGGAUAUCACAUUGUCACAGAUAAAGGAUUUAAUUUUUCAACAGCAGAUGAUGCCUUUGUGUGCCAAAAGAAGAAUCAUUUCCAAGUCACAGUUCAUAUUAGAAUCACUGGACAUCCAAAAUAUGUCAAAACUCAGCAGGGGAGGAAACCAAUAGAAAAGUUUUACUUGAAAGCUUAUGGAAUUAAGGUGGAAGCUCCAAAUGAAACAAUUGCUAUUGAACAGUCUCAAUCAGAUCGAAGCAAAAAAACUUUUCAUCCUGUUAAAGUUGAUCUGCCAGGGGACCAGAUAACUAAAGUAACACUGGGACGGCUGCAUUUCAGUGAAACAACAGCAAAUAAUAUGAGAAAAAAGGGGAAACCUAAUCCUGAUCAGAGAUACUUCAUGCUGGUGGUUGGACUGUAUGCUGUCUCUCAGGACCAGUUCUACUUACUAUCUGCAAAUGUCUCUGAAAAGAUCAUUGUGAGGGCAUCUAACCCGGGGCAGUUUGAGAACGACAGCGAUGUGCUGUGGCAGCGAGGACCUGCUCCGGAGACCAUAGCCUACCACGGGCGCGUCGGAAUCAACACAGACGCGCCGGACGAAGCGCUGGUGGUGUGCGGGAACGCCACGGUGAUGGGCAGAGUCAUGCACCCCUCUGACAGCCGAGCCAAGCAGAACAUCCGGGAGGUCGACACAAAUGAGCAGUUGAGAAGAAUAACACAAAUGAGGCUGGUGGAAUAUGACUACAAGCCUGAAUUUGCAUCUGUUAUGGGAAUAAAAGAUACCCAUGAAACAGGAAUAAUAGCCCAGGAAGUGAAGAGGCUUUUGCCUGAAGCUGUCAGAGAAGUUGGAGAUGUUGCUUGUGAUGAUGGAGAAAAAAUAGAAAACUUCCUCAUGGUUGACAAGGAUCAGAUCUUUAUGGAGAAUGUUGGUGCUGUAAAGCAGCUUUGUAAACUAACAAACAAUCUUGAAGUCAGAAUAGAAGAAUUGGAACAGUGGAAUAGGAAACUGGCCAGGAUGAAACGGAUCAACAGUUUAAAGUCAACAGUCAGUGAAGAGAGCAAAGUCAGCAGGUAUAGUCGAGCUAGUAGUCUCUUGCCAUCAGUAAAAUCAGUCCCAAUAAAAUCCAGGAAGGUUUGUUUGUCAAAGACCAAGGAAUCUUGCUCCCUGAAGAUUUUCUGGGCGACUGUAAUAGCUUUGAUCGCUAUUAUGGCACUAUGUGCUUUGACCAUAUGGAGCCUGUAUUUACUUAGCAUUCAUGACAGCCGUUUUGAAAAACAUCCAGUUUACAGCAGUACCUCAAGUUCUGUUCCAGUCUCUCCCUCUACUACCACAGCAGCAUUGCAGAGUGAAAGCACAGUUUCUCAGACCACACAGUCCAUGAGCAGGAUCCCUGAAGUGAAUUUCUGUGACAUUUUACCUUGUGACAAGGUCUACUGUUGUCCAAUUCAUCAACUAAAAGUCAAAUCUCUAAGUUAUGAAAAAAAUAAUGCAAAGGAAAAGCGAAAGAAAAGUGACAUGUUACCCAAACAAGAUCCCAUCAAAAAAUUUGGUGGAAGACCUGAUCUUGGAAAUGACUGGAUUGAUACAACAGUCAGUUCCAUACAGAUUUUGCAAACUCAGCAAAGCAUUGACAACCGCUAUUGUAGUAAAAAUCUGCAGUGCAGCUCUGGAAACUACAGCUAUGUUAUCCCUAUUAACAAAUACACGCCCAUGGAUGUAGAAAUCUCACUGGAAAUAAACACCACAGAACCAUUAAUUAUAUUUCUCUGCAAAGUCACAUUUGGAAAUUAUUGCUCCCAUUAUUCUUCCAGCCAAAAAAGUAGGAAGAAUUUCCAAGAAACCACACAGGGACGCCAGCACGUUUGGACUCUCCCUGUAGCAAAGCUGUAUGACAGCGUGUACUCUUUCCGCGUGGCCGUGCCGGGUUUUGCUAGCUGCUCAACAGACCGUUACUUUGCUGGAAUGUUUUUUACUGAUUACUACUUCUACUUUUAUCGGCAGUGUAAUUAAAAUGCUGCCAACUAUUCUGUUCUUUGGGGAAAAGAUGAGGAAACACCUAAUGUGAAAAAGAGACUUGAAAAUAAUCCUGGAUGUUUUUUGAACCUCUUUCUGGGUUGUAUGGGACUUUCUUGGGUUUUUUUUCACUUUUAAAUUAAAAAAAAAAGUAGAAAAAUAAAGUGUUGACAGCAACCAUAGCUCUGCAUUUCCAGAAACUGUUUCUAAAAAGACACGAGGUAAUGGAGUACAUGGUGUUGUUGGGGUGGAGUGGGAGCUUCAAAGCUUAUUAGAGAAGCUUUCCCAUUGAGUUACAAGGUGCAGAAUGACUUCUGUCUUUCUAAACUCCUCAGAGUCUGGGUGUGGUUGGAUCCAAUCUUAGCCCCAGACUUGGUCAACGGUUUGAGUCUAAGGAAUUAUGGACAUGUGAUUGAACCUUUGUACAAUUUUGUCAUGCAGAAUUAAGGAUGGCAAGCCAGAUCUAUAAAAAUUAAUGAUUUAUUAUGAUAAAUGCUUAGACAAAAAGAUCUUAACUAGAAUUAC